GACAAUAAGAACAAGACAGUUUUCACAGGCUCUGAAGGUUGGGAACAUGUGUCCUUUACUAUGAACUAGUGUGCACGGCUCAUCCUGUCAAUUGUCAGUUGUGUGAAGGUGUGUUCUUAAUAAAUCUUUUACUAAAGGAAAUUGGUUCCAAAGUUCAAGGGAAACUAUCCAAGAGUACGGACCAGUUGAGACUCAGAGGAGGACACGCAACCCACUCUCCAAGGUGAUCAAUUUCUCUUCCUCUCUUUCUCUUCUAUUAAAAUUAGAUCAGCUUUAUAUAGUUUAUAGUUUUUUAAUAACAGUAGAAUAUAUUGAUGUGCGGACAAAUUAGUCAAUAUUAGAUCAAUUUACUUGGAGUGUAUGGACAUGUUAGUUUUCUGUUUCAAAUUUUAAUUCUGACAAAAAAGUGAUCAUACAAGUAAUCAUUGAUAUACUUUGAUGUAAUUCAUUCCAUAAUGCUGCAUUGUAAUAAUCUCAAUAAUUUUUGUUCAACAUGGAAAUGCGUGAUGUGAAUUCCCAAUAGUAGGUCUAUAGAGGUAUUGACUGCAUUACCAUCGGACCGGAUAGGAGCUAUAGAGGCCAGUGGCCACUCUUCCAAACUGAUUAACUGUGUCUUUAAAUGUAGGCGGGGCAUCGGAGCUGUUUUACAACUCGGAUGUUUACAUAAUCCUCAUUUUAUAACAUUGACAUACCAAUUCGUAAUUUAAAAUUGUAUAACAUUGGGGAUUUAUAUAUUGUCGUUGUUUGCAUUUUUUUUUCAAAUAAGUGUGAUUAAUGGGUUAGAAUAAAAACUACAACAAAGCACCAACUCGUGGUAACGAAUAUGUAAACUGCAACAAAACCCAGCGAGAAUUUACCUGCCAGGUCAUAGAACUUCUCCGUUUUAAAGGCUGCCGCCACAGCCCAUCCAGCCCACUGGAUGCCCAAAUCGGCAACCGCACAUUUGACAAUCGUGCUCCCCAUAAUCAGGUCCAGCAGUCCUUGGAGUAUCACAUGAAUAUGAGAUAUUCUCAUGAGACCAACCCUCCUCUGUCCCAAGAUAUGAACGGACUAAAGGAGUAAAUUCAAGGUCAAAACAUAUAAAUAAAAUAAAACCAUGGCAGAGAGUAAUAGUCCAAAGGGCGGUCCUACUGUCUUCAGUAAGAAAGUCCAAAGGUCACUGAGCAGAAGCAAAGAGAAGGUAUUACAAAGGUUCGGCAAGACAGUGGAGUCAAGAGACGAUGUCUUUGACAGUUGGCUCGAAAGAGUUCAUGAACAGCAGUCUUAUGGCACCCGGAUUCACAAAGAUCUGAAGCUUUACUUGGCAGCAGUCAGAGACAUGCGCAGCGCUUCAAGACGCCUGACCCAGUCUCUGUACGAUGUUUACGAGAAAGACUGGGCGGGAGAUGAGGAUUUGGGGGCAAUCGUGGAGGGUGAGGACCUUCUGUGGAACGAUUACGAGGUGAAGGUGUCUGAUCAGGCUCUGCGCACCAUGGAGUCAUACAUGGGCCAGUUCCCCGAUGUCCGGGACAGGAUUUCCAAAAGGGGGAGAAAGCUAGUUGAUUACGACCACUCCCUGCAUCAGCUGGAGUCCCUUCAGACCGCCAAGAAAAGGGAUGAUGAGAAAAUAGCAAAGGCAGAAGAAGACCUGAACGAGGCCAAGCAUGUCUAUGAGGCCAUCAACACCGAACUGAAGGAAGACCUCCCUUCUUUACAUGAGAGCCGCAUCGGAUGCUAUGUGUCCGUCUUCUCUGCCAUUUCCUCUUUGCGCGACACCUUCUACAAGGAGAUGAGCACGCUGAACAGCGACUUACAGAAUGUGAUAAAGGAUCUUCAAGAGCAGCAUCCAAACCAGGUGUUUGCUGUGAAGGGCUUACAGCGGUAUGGCUCUCUGAAGAGACGGUCGCUGAUGUCCCCCAGGCUAUGGAAGACCAGCUUCUCUGAAUUCCACCAGACCUACAGCCCCAAAAUGGGCCCCCAAAGGUUCAGCUUCAAGUCCCCUGACAAGCCUCGCCAAGGCGGUACCCUGACCAGGGAGAGCAGCCUGCGUGGCGGGGCGCCCCCCGCGCGGUCUCGGCCCUCGGAGACGCACUCCCUGGUGCUGGGAGACGAGGACGGCCGGUCCCUCCGCAGCGACGCGGGCGGCUCCCUUGCGGAUGCCGUGCAGUCCGGGGGUCGUACCGGGGAGACGGGGGGCGACAUGGAGGAGCGGAAGGCGGAAGAAGAUCAAAACGGUGGCGGGGAGGAAGACAAGUCUGUGAAGGAAGACGAGGCAGAGGCAGAUCCCGCAUCACAGGCCCAUCAGGAAGAUAAAGGCGGGGAGGGGGAUACCGCGGCGCGGAGUGAGAGCAGCUCAGAACUGAACCACUCCUUUGACUCAGAGAGCUUGGAUCUGCAACUGUCUGCUGAGGCCAACGGCACACUGUACAUUGAAGAGAAAGAAGACCCACCAGCCAACGGACUAGCUGUCGACUCUCUGGGCUCCAAGGAGGUUCCUCAGAAGGAUGUUCCUCUAGGAAGCCAGCUACUACAGGACUCAAAAAACACAGUGGUGUAACACAACAAACUGGAAGGUUUGUGGGUUUUAAGCCAAGAAUCUGUAUGGCCUUCUUGUUCUUGUUGUUCUAUUUUUUUCUUUGAAAAUUUGAUGAGAAAAUUAUAAUAUUUUGUUUUCUAAAAAUGUCCAAACUAUUAAUGAGUGUUAAGCAUUGUAUAAUUUAUUUGAAAACAAAUCUGCAUAUUUACUACAAUUAUGAACAAUGCCCCUUCUGGCGAAUAGCAUAUACGCAUAAUGACUAAAUGUUGACAAUAACCUUAAUUACCCUUUCGAAAAUAUAAUUGAAGUGUGUUUUGACUCAAGUUAUUGUGAAGGUGUUUUGACAAUAAGUCUGGUCUCUGACUUUAAAUGAUUUAGUAAAUUGUCUGUUUAGUCUGUUAAACUUUUUCAGCCAACCGUAUUAAUUUAAAAUAACUAUGUUUGUUAAUGAUACACUUAAAAUCCCCUUCUGAUAGAACAUUGUACAUUGUAUAAAUCCCUAGGCCUAAUCAUUUUCAGUAGUUCAUAGAAAUGUGUUCAACUAACAAUGUUAAUGACCCAAGAACCAGAACAAUAAAACGAAGUCAUUCU